CCCUCAUAUUUUUCUUAUAAAUAGAGCUUGCCAUUCUCUCUGUGUCUUCAUUGUUUCUUAAAACCCUAUUUUGUCAAGUGUCUUCGUUCUUCUUUUCAGCAUGGCACGUUCUAUAGGUCUGCUAGUGUGUGCUUUUGUGCUUGUGGCUUGUUCUUCAAUGGCUUCUGCGGCAAUCGUGGAGCACACAUUUCAUGUGCAAAACUUGACCAUCGGACGGUUGUGCAAUCAGCAAGUGAUAACUGCUGUAAACGGAAGUCUCCCUGGCCCAACCAUACGCGUUCAUGAGGGUGACACCCUUAUUGUUCAUGUCUUCAACAAAUCACCCUAUAAUCUUACCAUCCACUGGCAUGGAAUAUUUCAAAUACUCAGUGGGUGGGCAGAUGGACCUAGCAUGGUAACUCAAUGUCCAAUAAGACCUGGAGGUAAAUACACCUACAAAUUUACGAUCAUCAACCAGGAAGGGACCCUGUGGUGGCAUGCUCACGUCUCAUGGCUGCGCGCCACCGUCUACGGUGCUCUUAUCAUUCGCCCAAGAGCUGGUCAAGCCUAUCCAUUCCCUAAACCUCACAAGGAAGUUCCCAUCUUACUGGGUGAGUGGUGGAAUGCCAAUGUUGUCGAUGUUGAGAACCAGGCUCUCGCCACUGGUGGUGGUCCUAAUGUUUCCGAUGCUUACACCAUUAAUGGAAGGCCCGGAGACCUCUACCCUUGCUCUCAAAAUCAAACAUACAAGCUCAAGGUGAAACAUGGAGAGACUUAUCUGUUGCGUAUAAUCAACGCUGCACUCAAUAACCAGCUCUUCUUCAAGAUAGCUAAUCACAAUUUAACAGUGGUGGCCGUCGACGCCGCUUACACAACGCCAAAGGUCACCGACGUUGUGGUGAUUGCCCCUGGCCAGACCACCGACGUCCUCCUCAAGGCCAACCAGCCAGCGGGCUCUUAUUACAUGGCGGCUCAUGCUUAUUCUAGCUCGCCAUUCCCCUUCGAUAACACUACCACCAGAGCCAUCAUCGAAUACCAAGGUUCAAACUCAGCCACUCCGAUCAUGCCAGUCCUUCCAGCUUUCAACGACACGCCAACCGCUCACAGCUUCUACAGUAACUUAACCAGCUUAGAAGGGUGCCCCCACUGGGUCCCCGUGCCACGUCAUGUGGACGAGCAUAUGUUUGUGGCCUUUGGAUUGGCGCUGGAACCUUGCGUAACAAACGCCACGUGUCAAGGUCUAAACGGUCAACGAUUCUCUGCUAGUAUGAACAACCAGUCCUUCCAGCUCCCAACAAGUCUGUCAAUGUUGCAAGCCUUCUUCUUCAACAAUGAGAACGGAGUCUACACGGCCGAUUUCCCCAACAAGCCGCCUGUUACGUUUGACUUCACAAAUAGCAGUUUCAACAACGCCACGUCACUUCUGUUUGCACCAAAGUCGACGAGGGUCAAAAAACUCAAGUUCAAUUCGACAGUGGAGAUUGUCCUGCAAAACACGGCUUUGAUCACAACAGAGAAUCAUCCCAUGCACCUUCACGGUUUUGACUUCUACGUGUUGGCUCAAGGGUUUGGAAACUAUAACAAAACGAGGGAUAGGAAAAAAUACAAUCUCGUCAACCCACAAAGGCGAAACACCAUUGCUGUACCAGUUGGAGGCUGGGCUGUCAUCAGAUUCACCGCAAAUAAUCCAGGUGUUUGGUUCUUGCACUGUCAUUUGGACGUUCACUUGCCCUGGGGUUUGGCUACAGCUUUUGCAGUGGAAAACGGACCGACGCCGUCGACUACGCUGCCUCCACCUCCAGAGGAUCUGCCCUACUGUUAGUUGCAUUCUGAAACAAAACUAUUACACUAGCUAGCUCCGAUUGCUUUCGGAAAUCAAUCCUUUUGUAUCUGUUUGGCUUUCAAUGUCAUAAUUUUUUUCGGUUUUGAAAAUUUUCGAUGUAAUAAUUUACUGCUUCAUAUUUGUUAGCUGAAAUGAAUCAAAGUCUAUUUUUACUUUUUAUGUAAA